AUGCUAGGGCAUAGUACUACCAGCUCUCUAUUCGAGCCAACUCGUUGCCUUUCCACCCUCAGCAGCAAGAACGACAACGGGGCAGUUGACGGACAUCAUUGCCCGACUCAACAUGAAAUGACGUCGUUGACGUCGUGCCUCCAACAUCUCGGCUUGUACUCCUUCGUCGCUGUGUACACCAAAAGCCAAAAAUCUCCACAGAAUCUUGAGCGCUUCCGAAAAUUUGCGGGUUACCUUGGCAUGGGUUCUCCACGAAGUUUAGCCCAAAUUCGCACCUUUGUAUUGUAUGAAAGGGUCUGCGCCCUUCGUGCUGACGAGGAAAAAGACUUUUGGAGACACGAUUGUGGCCUCCCUCCGACCUUUCAAUCGUGGUUCACUGUUAUCACGCUGCAUAUUUGGAUGAUGAACGUCCGAUUCCGCGCGUUACCGAGCGCCUAUGGUCGCCGCUAUGCCGACUGCCUUGUGGAACAUUUUUUCCAAGACGUUGAGGAUCGAGUACGCGCCAUAAUGCAGCCAACACAUGACUACAAACCCUACACCUUCCUAUCAACCUUCUACGUGAAUCCAAACGCGCCAAAAAGCACAGACAAGAACGAGAAACUGAGCAACGCGCCAGAACGUCUUGUUUCCCAGCAGCUUAAAAUUUUCAAAGAGCAGUGGACUGGGUUUGCGCUCUCUCUUGAUCUCGCACUCGUCAAAGGUGAUAUGGAAAUGGCAGCGACAGUCUGGAGAAAUCUGCUUGGCGCUCGUGGGGCCUCAGGUAUCGCCUUCCCAGAUGAUCCAUCUGCACCCACCUUCCGAAGAGCCGUCAAUCUUGUUGGCGGUACUGUGGUCAAUCCAGAAAAGGUUGAUUUCGACAAGGAAGCCGCCACCGAUGACCAUUCCGGGGUCUACGACUUCCCAUCGAGCGAGGCGGACAAAUACCUUGAAUACCCACAACUCAUGCUCGAUAUCGUUCACUAUAUCAGACGAGAGCUUUAUAGAUUGGAGGCCUAUUCAGACGAGCAAAUAGUGAAUAUGGACUGGAGGGACCUUAAAUUCGGCCAAAUCCGAGACAAUGCGGAGGAGUCGACGAAAUCGGAGUAG